AUGCGUUGGGUUUCUCAGCUCUUUGCCCUCGCCCUCGUGGGUGCAUUGGGGACAAGCGCUUUGGAUGCCUCGAUAUUCACGUUUCCUCCCACCCAGAAGGAAGCUCCUGGAACUGUCUCCGAGCCACAGACAACUUCGGAAGAUGUGGCACGACUUAUUUUGGAGCUGCGCGUGAAGUCAUCUGUGGCAUCCGUUCUCGGGAGGACGGAGACAGGCACCGUGGAACACUUGAACCAGUUUGCUAAGCCCAACUUCGAUCUAUUCGGUGGCCUCAGUGAUCAUGAGACCAUUGAGAGAAACAUGAUUAUCCUUGAAGGCGUGGAAAGCCAAGUUGUCUCAUCCAUUCAAAAGAUUCAGCCAAACCACCUUCUAGUGCCCCGUGUCUCUUCGAAUUUCGCCGGCGAUGAUACCCUGAGCCUCUUCCUUGGAGGCGACGUCCCCGCUGGGGCAGGAAUCAGCGAGAGACGUUGCACAUACCACACCAGUGAUAGCAACGCAGAAUCUAUAACGUCUCAGACGGCUAAAACCUGUAUAUCCGCCGACCCUGUUCUCGCCCGUUCACGUCAUUUGCUCGACCGCGACUUCCUGGACCUUGUCAAUUUGGUGGAAACUUGGGCAAACAAGGAUCAAAGGUUGACGGCCUCGAGAUUGACAUUGAAGCCACAACGUCAAUCGAGCCAGGCUGCUCUCGUCACCAAAUCUUUGGAUUUAUUUCUCCAUGGUGUUGCGGAUCUGUCCGCUGCAAGUAACCGAGAGAUCACUGUCUUGGUUUUGCCAGCGACCAACGAGUCUCGAGGCUCGAAGCCAAGAUUCGGACACCGAGAUAGUCAAGGAACGGUUUCUCAACCGUCCAUCUUAGCGGCAAGUCAAACCAAUGCGGUCAAAAGAGCCAUCCAAGGCCAGUCAAUCCCAUCGACCUUGGCGCCUGUCUGCCACGCAACAAACUCCUCCUGUGUUGAAGCAACCGAUAACUGUUCCGGACACGGGUACUGUUAUCUUAAAUAUGCUUCGGAUGAUGAAAAGGCUGCUGGCAACUGUUACGCAUGCCAGUGUCAGCAAACCGUCGUAAAGAAAAGCGAUGGCACCACCCAAAAAGUCCAGUGGGGUGGAUCAGCUUGUCAGAAGAGGGAUAUCAGCUCGCCCUUCUUCCUUAUUGCGGGCGUCAGUGUGCUGGCCGUUGCAAUGGCGGGCAGUGCGGUUGGGAUGCUCUUCAACAUGGGCCAAGAGGAGCUGCCCAGUGUAAUCGGGGCUGGUGUCGGGGGCUCCAAAGCACCGAUGUGA